UCUAAUUUCUCCUGUGGCUUUUGUUUGUGUUUCAGAUGUGCGACCGGCGAAAACAAGUCUGGACCGCCGUUUUCAUCAGCAAUGUGUUGAUCCAUACCGUUGUUAUCGCAAGUCCGAUCUAUGUUCCUCAAUUUCUACCAGGAAGCACGGGAAGGAACAUCAGGCAUUUGCCCUGCGUGUCACGCAGGAGCGGCGAAACGGGCGUGUGCAUGUUCGCGUUCACCUGCGCGAAGGCUAAUGGCACGCACCUCGGCACCUGCAUCGAUCGCUUCUACUUCGGUAGCUGCUGUAAGAUCGACGACGAGCCGGACGUCUUCCCGCAGGACAACAGCAUCGACGACGGGCCGCCGCCGCCGCCGCCGCCAAGGCCAUUCGUCACGACCCACGGGCCCAUCGAGAGCAAUGACAUACCGAGCUACUUCGCGAGGCCGAAGCCGGCCGUAGAUAAGCAGAAACCAGCCGAGGCCCUGCAAACCACGGCAAUCUCAAGCGUGCAAACUGCGCAAACUUCAGCGAGUACGUUGAGAGACACGACGAAGUUCGUGACAAAGAAGCCAACGAUCACGACGAUCGAAACGACCACGCAGACUACGCGUCUUUCAACAUUCCAAACUGUGCAAAGCGCUACCUCUGGCUCCAGCACGGAAACUAGUUUAUUGAAGAACGCCACUAGUACUGCAGUAAACAGGCCAUCAAGCGUAUCAUCGAGCACAACGAGGCAACCUACGAGGCCAUCCACUUUGUCUAUCUUACGACCUAGCGCCGAAAAUGCAACGAAGCUAUCGAUCACCGGAUCGACAGAUUCGUCGAAGAUAACUACGAAAAAACCAGUUGCCUCCACGACGACGAUACAGAGACCGACGACGGCGCAGAUCUCUCAAAAGCCGUCUUCUUCGACAACACGCAGACCAAUUGUUCAAUCGACUACAACGAAAAGCGUUCUCACGACUACGCAAAAAAUAUCGCCUUCGACCAGAUUCCCACCGAGAAAUACAACGUCGGCCAAGCCACCGGUUCAGACGACUACCAGGAAGCCUAUCAGUAGCACUAAGAGACCUACCACAACCGUAGUAAUGAAGCGCCCGGUACCGACAACGAAGAAACCCACUACACUGACAAAGAGACCGACAACUCCAUCGAAACCUCUCACGAGCUCCAGCUUUGGCACGACUUUGCCAGUGACGACGAAACCUCACUCGACUUCCGGAUCGUCCAUCAACGUCGGAUCCUCCGUGACGUCUACAAGCGUCACGGAGAAUACUCUAGCCUCCACAAUUAGACCGUCGACCACGAAGACGACAGCUACGAGCGCGAGCAGUCAGAAGACUACCGUUACGACGAAGAGUCCGGAGCAGAAAAUAUCCACCACGACGACAACACCGAGGACUACCUCGAAAACGACGACGAAGACGUCGACGAUUAGAACAACCACCGCCAAACCGACGACGACGAUUCAAACAACGGCCAGUAACAAGACAACGACAUCUAAACCAUUAUCGACCACGACGAAGACAAAGCCCACCAAAAUCACUAGUACGACGACAAAAAUCGCCCAGCCCGAAUCCACCACGACCACCGAGAGAACGAGACCGUUGUCGUCGACCGUAGGGUCGACCGUAGGGUCGACCGUAGGGUCGACCGUAGGGUCGACGGUUGGCGUUACGAAGCCCAGACCCACCAGCACGGCGAAGCCGACGAAACCCUUGACGAAGGUCCCGGCGACUACAUCCACCGUUGUGGAAGUUACAACGAGCAUCUCGAGUUCGACAUCCACGUUUACCGUUAGAAACGAGAGCACCUCGACCUACGUUCCUCCCACCAAGGGCCAGGAUGUUAAUAAUACCCUCGAGGAGAUCCCGCUGACCACCCAUUCGCCAGGAUUGGUGACGUGGAGCUCGAACUCCGAUGAAGUUUCCACGAAGGUACCCGAGACAUCUUCGUCAACGGUAGCUACAUCGACAGAACAAGCGGAAACUGAUUGGUCGCCGAUAACGACCCCGGAUGGCUGGAUAAUGAUCCAGUCGCCUACCACCGAAAAGUUACCGCAAACUCAAGAGUCGACGACCGAACCGGUUGCGGAAUCCACUAUACAGUCUUUGACUUCUGUCAAACCCGAAACAGAGAGUACCACCAUUCCUGACUAUGUUACGCUAAGUCCGAUAAUAACCACUUUGUCAACAAUUGCCAGCGUUACAAUCGACACAGAUCUUCCGGUACCAGUGGACACCUUCAAUAUGUCGGACUAUAAACAAGUGUGCGGUCGAAGACUCUUCCCGGAGCCUAAAAUUGUCGGUGGUACUCGAAGCAGUUUCGGAAAAUGGCCUUGGCAGAUCUCAUUACGUCAAUGGCGAUCGCAGACGUAUCUGCACAAAUGCGGCGCGGCAUUGUUGAACGAGAACUGGGCUAUUACCGCAGCACAUUGCGUGGAAAGCGUACCGCCUAGCGAUCUAUUACUAAGGAUUGGCGAACACGACUUGGCAAACGAAGAUGAACCGUACGGAUAUCAGGAGAGAAGGGUGCAGAUUGUGGCGAGCCACCCGCAAUUCGAUGCGCGAACCUUCGAAUACGAUCUGGCCCUGUUGAGAUUCUACGAGCCCCUUCUACCCUUCCAGCCGAACGUCCUGCCGAUCUGUUUACCCGACGAUGAUGAAACCUUCGUUGGUCGCACUGCCUUCGUUACUGGCUGGGGCAGACUUUAUGACGAGGGACCACUGCCGUCCGUGUUACAGGAGGUCGCGGUACCUGUUAUUAAUAAUACUGUAUGCGAAGCAAUGUACAGAAACGCGGGUUACAUCGAGCACAUUCCUCACAUUUUUAUCUGCGCCGGUUGGAGAAACGGUGGAUUUGAUUCUUGCGAGGGUGACAGCGGCGGUCCUAUGGUUAUCCAAAGAACGCGAGACAAGCGAUGGGUCCUUGCCGGAAUUAUCAGCUGGGGAAUCGGUUGCGCCGCACCUAAUCAACCUGGCGUUUACACGCGCAUAUCGGAAUUUCGCGAAUGGAUCAAUCAAAUCCUGCAGUUCUGAGCAGUUCUCGCUGUCAGAUGCGAAAGUACGUGUCUGCACUCGAAAUUUGCGCUCAUAAGCCGCGCCGACUCCUUCGGACAUUCGAGGCGACCGGCAAAUGGGCUAACGGCACCAUCUGCCGGUGCUGUGAAUCAAGUGCAAUUUAGUGAAAAAGAUUAAAGGGUCCAGCGCGAGGAUUCACAAGGAUCAGUGUGCGUGUUGCGAACUCGUACGACGUGUGGCGCCACUGAUUCGAAUUUCACAAGUGAAGCUGCGAUAUAUUCAAAUAAAUCCGACGUGAUACAACGAUUCGGUAAAGGACUAAAAAUGAUAUCAAUUUGUGGUACCAGAGAGACAUUACGAACCGGUGAUAAAUAUAUCGCACUUUGCGAAAAAAGAUCGAAGAUUUCGAUCAUCUAGAUUUCUUUUUAUCUUAGAACAAAUUUCAAAUUGGUAAUUCCGGAUUAUGGAAUUAUUUUUUUAAGAUAAGUUAUUCCCUCAGAUAUCUCCUUAUUCAGUAACAUUCUUAAAUUUCCUCUUCUCUUUUCACCAAACAUGUAUUUACUUUCCUUUCCGAAGUGUUCAGUUUGCUCAAAGUUUGCCUAAUAUUUAACGAAUGCAUAUAAAAGUGCAUCUGAUCUAAUUGAUAAAUCUAUAAAGCAUAUAGAUCUAUUAUUAGUAAUUAUUAUAAAAUACUCUUAC